AGAAGCUGUUCCCAUUUCCUGUUUAGACGAAUGGUUUCCUUCCGUUUUUCAUUUCACAUUUUUCAAAAUUUAGCAAGUUUUGCCAACGUGUGGUAGGAUUUCUGAUCACUCCGUCGGUCGGAAGUAACAAAUGGAAGCAAACGAAAGUUUCAAAGAGAAAGCAGAAAAUGAGGAGGAGUUGGAAGAAGAGAUAUGGAGUUGGGGGGCAGGCACAGAGGGUCAGUUGGGAACGGGGAGGCUCUUAGACGAGCACCACCCUCAGUUGCUCCGUUCUCUCUCCUCAUUGGGCCCAGUCUCUCUUCUCGCUUGCGGCGGCGCUCAUGUCAUAGCUCUCAUCUCAGGUGGAAGAGUGGUGACAUGGGGUAGGGGUACAUCAGGGCAAUUAGGCCAUAGGGAAGCUGUUUCCAGUGUGCAGCCUAUGGUUGUGGAAGAUUUGGUAGCCUUUGAUAUUACAUAUAUUUCUGCUGGUUGGAAUCACUCCGGUUUUGUUUCAGAGAGUGGUCAACUCUUCAUGUGUGGAGAUGGUACGUUUGGGCAGCUUGGUCUUGGUGAUUAUAUAUCCCACUCUUCUCCUGUAGAAGUGCCAUUUUUUAGCUCUAGACAUGUCAAGCACAUUGCUUGUGGUAUGCGCCAUUCGAUUGCUUUGGUUGAAGGUAAUAUGGGAAGUCGUGUUUAUGGAUUUGGGUCUGGAAAACGUGGCCAGCUGGGUAUAUCUGAUGACAAAGUAAAAUCAGUAAGCGUUCCUCUUGUUACUUUGGGCUUGGAAAAUCUCAGAAUUAACAGCAUUAUUGCAAAUGGAGACCAUAGUGGAGCUAUAUGUACUGAUGGACAUUUCUAUAGAUGGGGAAGAGGCUUCGGUGGGGACCCAGAUAAUUACAUGCCCAAACGUAUUGCAGCAAGCCCAUCAUUCAGUAGCGCUUCUAUAGGGUGGAAUCAUGCUCUAUUGUUAACAGGUGAUGGACAAGUGUUCAUGAUUGGCGGUUAUAACUAUGGUGCUUCGAGUAGCCAAAAAACACAGUUGAUAGCGAAAACACUUAAAGAUGCAGGAAAUGAAGAAAUUGCACAGAAGGUUGAUGCUCUUGUUGGGGUAAAGGUUUUCCAAAUUUCAGCAGGAGCUGAGCACUCGGCCUUGGUAACAGAUGAUGGAUCAGUGAUGACGUGGGGAUGGGGGGAACAUGGUCAACUUGGCUUGGGAGAUACAAAUGAUCAAGCUAGUCCUCAAGUGGGGAUUCCAUUGGAUUUGGUCCUGAAGGUACCAUUCUUUUCUCCCCCUCUUUCACAAUCCAAUAAAGUUGGUGACUAUUAGACACAUCUGUCGAAGUCAAUGAUGAUACUGGCGGUCCAGUCGGGUUUGGAUCGGAUGGAACUUUCCCCUUUACAUUCUCCUUCAUAACCCAAUAUGGUAUCCUUAAACUGGCUGGUGGUUCCAUCGGGUUUGGGCCGUUAGGCACUGAUCUUUUCUCGUCUAUUGAAAUGAAUGGUGAUAGGGGAGGUUCAGUCUCAUUUGGACCUUUUGGAACACUCCUCUUUAUAUCAUCCUUCAUAACCCAAUAUGGUAUCUGUAAACUGGCUGGUGGUUCCAUCGGGUUUGGGCCGUUAGGCACUGAUCUUUUCUCAUCUAUUGAAAUGAAUGGUGAUAGGGGAGGUUCAGUCUCAUCUGGACCUUUGGGCACCAUUCUUUUCAUAUUGGUUGGAGGCAAUGGUGGGAGUGGUGAUUGCAUUUGGUUCGGACCGGAUGGAGCUUCCCUCUUCACAUCAUCUCGGCUCACCCCCUCCUUGAUUAGCCAAUAGGGGUGGGGAAUGAUAUGGCGGAAACUACUGUACAUAUGAUUUGGGUGAUGGUUUUGGUUAUUGGAUUCUGACGAAAUAGUUAGGAAGAGAAGUGAGAGUAUCAACAUAUGGAGUUGAUAUCCUAAUGUUAUGUUUAAGACCCAAGAAGGAUAGAUCUUCAUAGUGUUGUUUUUGAUAAGUAAAUGUGACUCUGGUGAUAAACAAUGGAGUGGUCUCCCCUAUAUAUAUACUCAGAGAUUUAAAUGAAUGUGGUCAUGUUUUUCUUUGAAUUGUUCGAUUUGAAUGCACAAAAUGUUAUAUA